AUGAUGAAUUCCUCACUGGAUCCACUGAACCAGAGUUCUGCUGACUCGUCAAACGCGUCUGCUCCUUUCUGCUUACUUGAGAUAGGUUAUUCCCAAAUGUUCACCACCUGCCUCCUUGAAGUUUCUAUCAUACUUCUCCUGACUGUUCUCAUUAUUUCUGGUAAUCUGGUGGUGAUUUUUGUAUUUCACUGUGCCCCUUUGCUUAGCCAGCACACCACCAGUGCUUUCAUCCAGACUAUGGCAUAUGCUGAUCUGCUGGUGGGAGUCAGCUGCCUUUUCCCCUCCCUGUCCCUACUCCAUCAUCUCCAGAGCUUCGAUCCCAAACUCACCUGCCAGGUGUUUGGGUACAUGGUGUCAGUUUUAAAGUCAGUUUCAAUGGCGUCUUUAGCAUGUGUGAGUGUAGACCGCUACAUCGCCAUCACACGGCCUCUGACUUAUGCAUCCCUAGUGACGCCUUGGCGAGUGCGGUGCUGUAUUGUGCUGAUAUGGCUUUACUCUGCUCUGGUGUUUCUCCCAUCUUUUCUCGGAUGGGGGAAACCCGGUUAUCAUGGCGAUGUUGUGGAGUGGUGUGCAGUUGAGUGGAGGACGCGUCCAGCUUUUACAGCCUUUAUUGUUGCACUGCUCUACGCCCCAGCUGCUCUAACUGUCUGCUUCACCUACGCCAACAUCUUCAAAAUCUGCCGACAGCACACCCGGGAGAUCAGCGAGCGCCAUGCGCGUUAUCGACCUCAACAGCUGCAGGGCCCAAGAAUUGCAGCUGGAUCUGUGGUUAAGGACAAGGGUACAAUAGAACAAGGACAUUUGCCACACUUGUCCCAGCCACAUUAUCAGCAGUCCACAUCAGCAUACCCAGACAAGCGUUAUGCUAUGGUGUUGUUUCGCAUUACCAGUGUGUUUUAUAUCCUCUGGUUGCCCUACAUUCUCUACUUUCUGUUGGAGAGUGGAGGGAUCUACCACCACCCUGCAGCAUCAUUCCUUACCACAUGGCUGGCUAUCAGUAACAGCUUCUGUAACUGCCUCAUUUAUAGCCUCUCCAACUCUGCCUUCAGGAAGGGCCUCAAACGCCUCUGCUCCUUCUGUUUACAGCGUGGCGGCAGUGACUUUGGGGUUAGAAACCCCAAAAAGGCUUUUUUUGGUUCUGCUGAAAAGGGAUGUGCAGGGCAGGGUUAUGGAUAUGGUCAUGGGGAAAUGAGAAUUGGUACAACAUGUCAUGUGUAGUGCAAACAAUUUUGCCAAAUUGGCAUUUGAACAUGUAAGAAACGCCUGAAGUGAUUGCUGUAAAAUGCUGCUAAAAUGCGCUGCAAAGAGAUGGAACAAGGUGUUGAUCACGCCUCUGCUGUUUCUGUUGCAGUCAGAGGUUACACAGGCGUCCUCUCUGCACAAGCCAUAGCUGGCAAAUACAAAG